CCCAGAGCAGAGUCGUUCGUAGAAGAAACAUAAUCCAGAGUUAGGUUUAGGGUUUCGGCCUUCCGAACUCCGAGCUCAUAUUAAUGGCGACGGUUCUCGGGAAUGCGAUCUUCCACCCUCUCCUCCUCACCCCUCCCUCCGUCCCCUUUGGCGAGAGCCGCCGCGGCGUUGCUGCUUUCGGCCGCAGGGGGCUCGGCGGCGCUCGGUGGCGGGCCAUGGUGCAGCAGCAGCAGACGUUCCAGGGCCCCGCCGCCAGCUACGCUCGGGAGAUGGAGCGGCUUUCCGCCAAGGAAGCGCUUCUCCUCGCCUUCAAGGAUGCUGGGGGAUUCCAAUCCUUGGUCAGUGGCAAGACUACGGAGAUGCAGAAGAUUGACAUCAAUGAGAGAAUUGUUGGUCUUGAAAGGCUCAAUCCAACUCCUCGUCCUACAACGUCACCCUUUCUAGAAGGCCGAUGGAACUUUGAAUGGUUUGGUGCCGGUAGCCCUGGAUCAUUUGCUGCGAGAUUUCUGUUUGAGAGAUCACCUACAACUUUGGCAUACUUGUUGGGACUUGACAUGCUGAUUAAGGAUGGAUAUUCAAAGGUUACAGCAAACCUUAAGUUCCUAAAUACGAUAGAAAGCAAGUUCCUGCUAACCACAAGAUUGUCCGUGGAGGGCCCUAUGAGAAUGAAGGAAGAAUAUGUUGAAGGGCUUCUAGAAACGCCCACAGUUAGUGAACAGGCUAUCCCUGAGCAGCUGAAGAGCAUAGUAGGGCAAGCAACUGGAACUUUGCAGCAACUUCCAGCCCUUAUAAAGGAUGCAUUUGCAAACGGGCUUAAGUUACCACUCAAUGGAACUUUCCAGAGAUUUUUCAUGAUUUCUUAUUUAGAUGAGGAAAUACUGAUAAUCAGGGAUUCUGCUGGAGCUCCUGAUGUUCUUACAAGAUUGGAAGGGCUUCUGCCGUCUGCAACCGCAGAACCAAUGAUCUCAGAGUAUGAGAGCUGAAUAUGUCGAGCUCCAUCUUAUUUGGUCAGGGAAGCUUCUUGAAGUACAUGUAGUUCUAAUUUUUUUGUAAAUUAAACGACGGAGAUAUACUAAAUUUACUGCGAUUAAUUCCAGCUGUAAACUCAAAGUCUUUAUAAUGCUAGUUAAUGCUUUUCUCAGUAAUAUUUCGAUUUAGUUCUUUAA